UAUGUAUAUAACUAACUAUCUAUAAUUAUAUAUAUAAGCAUAGGUACGGAGUAGAGAUAUCUUGAUGCCUAGCGAGGAGGAAAUGCUACGAUUCCGAGCCCGGCUUUGGACGGCAUGACCCUGAUCUGGUGGAAAAAGAAUAUAUCCCUGAAACUGUAAGUAAAUUGGUAUCCCCUGCUCCGUAGAAUCCUUCCUUUUAGUGAGAUCUUUUCCAAUUCCACCGGUGAAGCACAAGAGAACCAGUAUAAAACAUCGUGGCUGCCUCAGGCCACCAGCACCGCCAGCCCAACUUCGGCUUCGGCGAAAAAAGAGAUUCUGAAUACCUUCACUUCACCCGUUUCUCUUCCUCUCUACCAUCAUCAAAACCAUCAUCUCUAUCAUCGGAUUCACGAUCCCAUCAUCUCUUCUCCCCCAAGAGAGGAUGAUCCUGUGAGAUCUUCUAUUUUUUUUUCUCUCUUUUUCUUUUUUUGUUUUUUACCCCUCCCCCAAAAUGCGUUCGCUUUUGUCACUCUUUCAUCUCCUCCUCCUGGUCGCUUCGGUUACUAGAAUCGCCGCUGUCCCCGCUGGCUCGAGCAUUACUCCACCUCCACCUCCUCUUGAACCUCUCUCUCUCUUAUCGUCGCAUUCGAACCCUCGAAGACCAUGGGUCCGUGUUCGGGACUGGAUCAUUGAGUCGAUCUGGGGAAUCCCCAAACCCUCUUCCACCCGGUUCCCUAUCCACGAUCAUACUCCCCCUUCCCCAGGGGUCUCUCGCUAUGGUAGUGACGUUGUACUUCGCUUCCAGGUGGGCAAUUUGCAGGAGGCGGAGGCCUUGGUGGAGGCGACGGAAAUUCUUUUCUUGGAUGUCUGGGCUUCUACUCCCGAGUUUGUCGAUAUCCGCCUGGCGCAAGAAGUCAUUCCCUCCCUGUUGGGCCUGUUACCAGACUCCCUUCAAACCGCUUACACUCCCUUGAUUGAUAACCUAGCGGAGAUGAUAUAUGCUACAUAUCCCAGCCGUCGACCCAUUGGGCUGGAGGGCCAUCCCGCCUUCAGUCCGCCCACCCGCCCGUCCUCCCAGCUCUUCUUCCGUGACUACCAACCAUUGUCGGUUAUUGUUCCUUGGAUGCAGCUGAUGGCUUCGAUGUUCCCUGGCCAUGUGCAAUUGAUCAAUAUCGGAGUGUCCUUUGAGGGCCGCGAGAUUCCCGCAUUCCGACUCUCAGCAAAUCCAGACCCCGACGCAUCUGGACCCCGCCCCAUGAUUCUGAUAGUUGGAGGCAGCCAUGCGCGGGAAUGGAUCAGUACCUCGACGGUCACGUAUGUUGCGUAUGGCUUGAUUACUAAGUAUGGGAAAUCCAGGGCCGUGACGCGCUUGUUACAGGACUACGACUGGGUCCUAAUUCCGACUCUCAACCCGGACGGUUAUGUCUAUUCCUGGGAUACUGACCGCCUGUGGCGUAAGAACCGACAGCCGACCAGUUUCCGAUUCUGCCCUGGAAUUGAUCUGGAUCGAUCCUGGGGCUUUGAAUGGGAUGGUGAAAAGACACACUCGAACCCUUGCUCCGAGAAUUACGCCGGAGAGGAGGCGUUUGAGGGUUUCGAGGCUCGACAAUUGGCGCAGUGGGCUCUGAACGAGACUCACAACAACAACGCGCAGAUCAUGGGGUUUGUCGACCUCCAUUCCUACUCCCAGCAAAUUCUUUAUCCUUUUGCCUUCUCCUGCUCCUCCAUCCCACCGACACUAGAGAGCCUGGAAGAGCUCGGCCUCGGCCUUGCCAAGGUCAUCCGAUUGACGACGCACGAGAUCUACGAUGUCACCUCGGCGUGCGAGGGCAUUGUGACCGCCGCGGAUAAAUCCUCCGCCAAGAGCUUCUCCCCUGUUGGCGGUAGCUCGGGCGGUAGCGCGCUCGACUGGUUCUAUCACCAGAUGCACACUCGCUACGCAUACCAAAUCAAACUGCGCGAUCGAGGAAGCUAUGGGUUUCUCCUCCCGUCCGAGUAUAUUAUCCCAACCGGAAAGGAGACCUUCAAUGCGGUGCUGAAACUGGGUGAAUUCCUGAUUGCCCAGGAGAGCGUCGAGGAGAUUGACUGGGACGCAGAUCUGCAGUUUAUCGAACCGGAAGACGUCCCAUUCCACGCUGCUCCUCACUCCGCGACCACUCUCCCCGACCAAGAUUUGGAUGAUUCAAACUCCAACCACACCCCGACUGAGGACUUGGAUGAGACCGUCGUAGCAGCAGCAGCAGCAGCAGCAGCAGCAGCAGCAGCAGCAGCAGCAGCAGAAGAAGAUGCCGAAUGGGAGCCCCUAAGUUGGGAGAACCAGCACACGCUGGAAUUCCGACGACGCCGAUAA